AUGCCGAUCAACAGAGACCCAUCAACACCUCCGCCUGUCAUCGGAAAAAUCGGACCUUACACUGUCUUCAUGACUCCUCCGGCGACCCCAAAACCACCUGAAUCUCCUGCCGCCGUAUCUCAGAAGCCCAUAGUGCCACCGCCGGUUCUUCCUCCGCCGCAGCAGUUUAAAUCGGUGGCUUCUUCUGAACAAGACGGCUCAGUUUUGGGCUUCUUCAAAAUCGCCGUCACAAAAGUUCAAAAUGCACAUUCAAGCGUAGAUGAUCAUUUGGUGAGAUGGUUUGGGUUAAACCAGUCUAAGUACCAGUGGGCUUUGGAUGAGUACUACGAUGGCAAAGGAUCAGUAAGUAACAUUCUGUGGUUAUCUGUUGAUUUGGAAACGCAGGAAAUGAAGAGCGUGAAUGCAAAGGAGAUGCCGGGAAAAGUACAGAGCGUAUGA